AUGGAAUACGUACUCAGUAAUAAAAAUAAAAAAUUCAAAAUUGUUGAUGGAUAUACAUUUAGAGUGGAAAAAACUAUUGAGAAUACAAUGUAUUUAAGGUGUACAGAACACCAUUGUAAAAGCCGAAUGAUAAUUAAAAGCGAAUCUAUUACUAAAGGGCCGUCAGAUCAUUCACACGUGGCUGAUGCAAGUAAACUUCAUGCAAGGAUUGUAGUGGCAAAUAUGAAAAACGAAGCUAUUCACACACAACAGUUACCACAACAAAUAAUAAGUGCUACACAAAUACCAGCUGGAGUGGUGGGAGCAAUGCCAUCAGUAACUUCAAUAAAAAAUACACUUCGUCGAAUUCGCAAAAGGAACGACUGCGUCCCUACGGAUCCAAAAUCGCUUUUUGAUCUUGAUAUUCCUGAACAAUUUAGAAAAACCAAAAAUGGCGCACAAUUUCUGUUGCACGAUAGUGGCCCUUCAAAUAAUCGAAUAAUUAUAUUUUCUACACAUGAUAAUUUAGACAUAAUGGACAAUUAUAGUGAUUGGUUUGCUGAUGGCACGUUUAAAACAUCGCCUUUAAUAUUUUCGCAAGUUUAUACAAUACAUGUAUUAAUUAAGGAAAAUAUCAUACCCACUAUUUAUGCUUUACUGCCGAACAAAACUGAAGAAACGUAUAUCCGUCUGUUAACAACUUUAAAAGAAAUUAAACCUAAUUUAAAUCCAAAAUCAAUCAUGACAGACUUCGAACGUAGUGCUUUCAACGCAUUCAAAUAUGUAUUUCCAAAUAUAAAACAAAAUGGUUGCCAUUUUCAUUUCGCACAAUCUAUAUGGAGGCACAUUCAACAAAUUCAAGGUUUAUCAACAAAGUAUAAAUUAGAUCCUAAUUUUGCUUUACAUAUAAGAAUGAUAUCGGCUCUUGCCUUUGUACCACCCAACAAUGUUAUACUCGCGUUUGAAGAAUUGUUGGAUUCCCCAUUUUUUUGCGAAAAUGAAGAAUUUCUUAAUCCACUAACUAACUACUUUGAAGACACGUGGAUUGGACGUCGAGGAAGAAAAAAUGUUCGGAAAUCACCGUGUUUUGAUAUUAUGUUAUGGAACUGCUAUGAAAUUUCCAAACGCCAGGGGGCCAAAACCAAUAAUUCUAUUGAGGGUUGGCAUAGAGGUUUCAGCUCAUUGUUAGCAUCACAUCAUCCAUCCAUCUGGAAAUUUAUUGAAUGCCUUCAAAGACAACAGAAUUUGGAGGAAAUUAAAUAUGAGCAGUAUCAAUCUGGAAUAAAUAAUAUAAGGAAAAAAAAGAAGUACAAAGAUUCGGCUGAACGGAUUCAAAAAUUAGUAAAUGGGUACGACGAAAAUGAUAAAUUAAAUUUUUUAAAAGGAAUUGCCUAUAAUUUGACGUAUUAG